AUGGUGAGAACAAGAGCCGAUGAGCUAGAAGAGUCCUCUACUACUCGGCUAGACCGAAUGGAGAGAAUGAUGCAAGACAUGGCAAAAACACUAAGGCAACAACAGCAGUGGCAACAACAGUGGCAACAUCUGCAACCCCCACCUUCGGUACAACCUAUACCGGAUAUGCAAAAUGACAACCGAACAAUAGCCCUGACUAAAGAAUUUAAGAAAAUUAAGCCACCACUGUUCCAUGGGGGUGUGGACCCAUUGAAGGCUGAAGCUUGGGUCCUUGGUAUUGAAAAGUUAUUUGAGGUAUUACCAUGCCUGGAGACACAAAAAGUACAAUUGGCCACUUUUACAUUGGAAGAUGAGGCAAGAAGGUGGUGGAUGCUAAUAAGUGAUGAUAACAAAGGCAUUGACUGGGCACAGUUUCUUGCACUAUUUUAUGAGAAAUACUUUCCACAGUGUGUUCACAAUAGAAAUGUGUCGGAAUUUGAGGGGCUAAUACAAGGUAGUCUGACUGUAGCUGAGUAUGAAGCCAAGUUCACCGAAUUGGCUAGAUUCGCUCCACAUAUGGUUGACACCCACUAUAAAAAAGCGAGAAAGUUUGAUAAUUGUCUUCGUAAUGAUAUUUUGGAAAGGGUGAAUGUACUGAAAUUGCCCACUUAUGUUGAUGUGUUAGACCGAGCUUUGAUGUCAAAAGCUAACAUGGCCAACCGAGGUAAACCACUAGCUGACUGGAAGGCUAAGAGAUAA